AUGGCACCAGCGUAUGAUGACGAUGACGGAGACUACAGUUAUGAAGACGAUGCUGUUGAGUUUCAGGAUGAAGCGGCCCUCGAUGACUAUAUGAAUGACGAAGAAUAUGAACUCAUGAAUGAUAUGUUUCCACGGGCCAAAAAAGAUCUUGCAGAAUACCAAGGAUGGGACAAUUUAAAAGUUAAACUAGCCAUUUUCGACCAUGAAUUCAAUCUCGACGAAGCCUUGAAAGAGCUGAAAAGAGAUCUGAAGAAGAAGAAACCGGAAGAAACCCCAUCGAAAAUGUCUGCCCUUGAACAGCUGGCCAGGAGGCGAGCCCUCAGUUCUAAAAAGGUAAAUGCCACUGAAGAAACUUUCAAACUUACAGGCAGACUGAGCACAUUGAGUACAUUGGGUCCUCGGGAGCGAAAUAGUAAUGGAAAACCUCUGUCAUCUCUUGCCGGGCGUUUGGCAUCUUUACAAUAUAAACGGGAAAAUACAUCUCCAAAAUCACCAGAUCACGUCAAACCCUCUCAUUCACUUGCAAGCCGACUUACCCUCGGUAAAAAUAACUUGCAAGAACAAGUUGAAAGCGCUCCAGAUUCAAGAAUUUCGCUUUACUCGAAACUCUCCGCCCUUCGUAAAACCAAGGAUAGCAGUCAAGUUCCACCCAUGAAAGAGCCUCAAGAUAAAGUUCCUCCACCACAAGUGAACGACAAGGAUCACAUUUCCGCCAACUCAAAACCUCCCACUUUCGAAGAGCUUGGGGUAGUGUUCAAUUUACACGCUCUCUCCGAUAGUCACAACCUUGCAGAGAAAUCGUUAGGCAUUUCAGAAUUAGUCACAAAGCGCGAUUUGAAGGAAAAAACCGCUAUAUCGAGGUUGAAACGCAAAUAUGAAGAUGUUCACUCACCUUAUUUUCCGUCUACUAACGACCAAACAGCUAAAAAACAAGCAUCCACAAAUUUUAAAAAGCAAAGCCCUGACGAUGUGGUGCUAGAAGCUCAAAAGAGGGCUUUCGAAGAUGUUGCGAAAGUCUCAAAGGGCGUUGAAGCCGUGACUCUAGAGAACCCCAAGCAGGUAAGUGAUGAAAGUGCUGAUACCGACGAAAAUGAUGACAAGCCUUUUUCUAAAGAGCCAGUAAUGCGUACUCAUAAUAAGGCAACAUCCCCUACCAAGCCCAAAAACCCCAUAGAUAUGAACGCUUUUCUGCAUCAGAAGAAGCCUCAUCUCAGUUUUGUCGUGAUAGGCCAUGUUGACGCUGGUAAAUCUACACUUAUGGGCCGUUUGCUUUAUGAUGUCGGUGCCGUUGAUAAUAAAUUGAUCAGAAAGCUAAAGAGAGAAAGUGAAAUGAUUGGUAAAUCAUCUUUCCACUUGGCUUGGGUUAUGGAUCAGACAGCCGAGGAAAGGAAUCGUGGUGUUACAGUCGAUAUAUGCACUAGCGAUUUCGAAACAAAUGCGUCUACGUUUACCAUAGUCGAUGCCCCGGGCCAUAGAGAUUUUGUACCGAACGCUAUCGCUGGCGUUAGCCAAGUUGACGUUGCUGUAUUGUCCAUUGAUUGUAGUACUGACGCUUUCGAGUCUGGAUUCAACCUUGAUGGCCAAACCAAGGAGCAUACUAUACUUGCAAGAAGUCUCGGAGUACGCCAUAUAAUUGUGGCAAUGAACAAGAUGGACAGUGUGGACUGGUACGAGGGAAGAUUUAUCGAUAUUAAGUCUGAGCUAACUAACUUUUUUGAGGAUAUCGGCAUAAAAAGCGAGCAAACAAGCUGGGUUCCAUGCAGCGGUCUGUCUGGCGAGGGAGUCUUUGAUAAAUCUUACCCAGCAGGUCUUACAUGGUAUAAGGGCCCCUCGUUAGUCAAAAGCUUAGAAAACAUUUCGCAAAGCCUCUUCGACAAUGAAAGUGCAGAAGUCACAAAAGAGCCAUUCUUAUUUUCUACUUUCGAUGUCAGUCAGGGAACCAAACCAAAUGAAGCCAUAUUGUUUGGAAGAGUUGAGUCCGGGCACAUACAAGGAGGUGAAACCGUCACAAUAUAUCCUUCGGAACAAAGUGUUUUGGUUACACAAAUUCUGGCAGGGAAUAAUCAAGUACAGGUGCCGGCUGCUAUAAAAGGUGAUUUCGUCACACUCAAAGUGCGCAACGCAUAUGUGGAAGACAUUCAAGUUGGAGAUCUUGUUGCAAUUGUGGGUUAUGACAUUGAGAGUGCACAAGAGUUUUCAUCACAAAUUUUGACUUUCAAGUUGGACCGUCCACUUCUUCCAGGAACGCCUGUCAUGUUUUUCAGAGGGAGUUGUGAGCAGCCUGCAAGAAUAAAAAAGCUUGUGUCGCUAGUGGAUAAGGCAGAUGCUUCUAAAAUCAUUAAGAAAAAAGUCAGACAUUUGGGAUCUAAUCAGGCUGCAAUAGUGGAAAUUGAGCUAACCGAAAAGAAGAGAAGAAUCCCAUUAACGACUUUUAGUCAAAAUAAACGUUUGGGUAGAAUUGUACUCAGAAAAGAAGGAAGAACAGUCGCUGCUGGUGUAAUAAAAACGCUUGACGUAUAA